AAUCGUUUCAAAACGCGAAAAGUGCCAGGACUGGUAGAAUUUCUUGUUAUUCUUUAUAAAUUCCUUUCUUUUUGAGUCAAAAUGAAAUGAGUCAAUUCGAUGAUCUGCAUAGGAAAAGAUCUAGGAACGAAGAAACAAGCAGUUCUCGUGGUGCGCGUUUAACCGCAUCGCAAAUUAUUGCUGACGAUGAAGAGGGAUCAGAGAGUGAAGGAUAUAUAGACGAUGACUUGGAGAGUCCGAAUGACGAUCCAUCAAUUCGACAAGAAUCCGGACGCACUUCCUCUGAUAGAAACCGCAGAAAGAAAAGCAAACCGAAUGCCGGCUCCAAAGCGCUGGAUGAACUAGACAAAGGCGAAACAGACUCUAUGAAUUUCCAAAUGCUCGUUAGAAAUAUUGUACGUCUUGCCAUUUGUUCCCAAAGUUCCCAUCAGGCUCUUUCACGAAAGGAAGUGAUACAGCGGGCAUUCCCACAAGGAAGUUCUCGAAGCUUGUUUCAGCCAGCGCUAGAAGAGGCAAACCAUCAGCUUCGUACUGUGUUUGGAUUUCAACUAGUGCUAGUAAAUCCCUCGGACAGAACAAAGGAAAUGGCCAUUUCCCAACUCCGAAAACAACAUACCUCAAAUUCUUCGUCUUCUUCUAAUCUCCCAAAGUAUUGGGUACUUAAAUCCUCCCUCAGUCCUGAGUACUGCAAUGAUCAACGACUUGUUCCUGACUCCAUAGCUGAUACUUCAUUUCUCGGAUUUUUAAUGCUUACCGUUUCCCUUGUUGCUGUUUCCCAUGGAUACCUUAGAGAGUUAGACCUAAAAUCUCACUUGGAUACCUUGUUAUCUUCUGAUACUACUCCUUUUCAACUAGAUUUAGAUCGAUCUCUCAAUCUUCUUGUCAGAUUUGGUUAUUUGGACCGCGUAAAGGAUGACACACAUAAUCAAUUUGUUUACUACGUCGGCUCACGUUCCGAUACGGAAAUUGGUAAACAAGGAUUAAAAGCGUUUCUUUCAGAAUUUGUUCAAGGUACCAACCUUGACGAAGUUUUGUCUGGCUUUACCGAUGAUAAGUCGGAAAAUAUUCCCAAUACAAAUGAAAGCGGAAACUGAAAAUCACUGCUUGCUUUUCUUUUCAUUCGUUUAUAGAAAUUUUUCUUUUGAAUACCCUCAUUUCCUUUACAUAUAUCAUAUUCAUAAUGAAAUUCAAUUCAAUUCAUCGCGUCCUAAAGAUCUAUCAAUAUUAUAUAUUUACAAAAGAAAUAUCAACUAACUAUAAUUAAAGAAUGAAAUGACCAUAUGCAUAGUGUA